CCUAACAAAAUGUAAUGUUAGAUAUUAAAAUCGAGUGUUUGUAAGAUAGUUUGUGUUAGUGUUGGUGGCAGCGUGGCGGUGUAAACAGUGUUGCAGAUGAUCAUCUCCAACACGCUCAUUUAUCCUCAAGGGGCAGGUCUGCCAACAGUAACAAUGAAUGCAGAGGUCAAUGGCAGUGGGACAUCUCAUCCUGGCAUCAAUCUCCCACUUCUGAUUGACAAGUUUACAGCUGAUGCUUCAACAGGCAGUCAGAAAGUCGAGGAAGUUUCGGUAACCAGCCAGAAACAUGAGCUUUCUGCAAAGUUUCAAAAAAUUGAAGAUAUUGUACCAAGUAGUAAGACUGUGUUGGACAUCACCUCAAACAGUCAGAAAGAUAUAGAUAUUUCUUUAAAUAAUAAAAAUAAAGAUAUUUUUGCAGACCCUCAGAAAAUUGAAGUCUUAUUGUGUGAUAGAGAGAGCCAGACCGAACUCAUUGGAAGUAAAUUUAAAGAAAUUGUUGAGCAGGAAGGAAAAAAGGAAAAAACUAAAUUAGAGGCAAAUGAAGACUCAAAGUUUAAAGAUAAGUUGACAGAAGAGGAGGAGGAAAAUCUGAAGAAAUACAACAGGAGGAUUCCAGAAGAACGGUCUACCUUACAGAAGGAUAAGAUAGAGGAGCAUUUUGACAAGUUGCCCUGGGUGUUUGGAGCACUAGGUCGUGUUCUUAAUUUGGGUAUUACCUAUGGACCGCAGUUUGCUCCUCUCAACAUUCCCCUCAAUCGGAGGUUGCAGACAUUUGCUGUUCUCUUUUGGAUGUCAACAUUCCUCUUCAUGGGGGCCGGUUCCCUGUUCUUUCUUUUAUACCUCUUCUUCUAUACCAAAUAUUGGUGGGUUACUCUCUGCUACUUAACAUGGUUUAUUGGAGAUCGCACCAUUUGCAACAGGGGUGGCAGGAGGUUGGAGUGGCUGAGGGGGUGUUUCUUGUGGAAACACUACAGAGACUUCUUUCCGAUCCAUCUUAUUAAGACUGCUGAGCUUGAUCCUUCAAAAAAUUAUAUUAUGGGCUACCAUCCUCAUGGCAUCCUCUCUGCUGGAGCAUUUUGUCAUUUUGCCACAGAGGGAACUAACUUUAGUAAGAAUUUCCCGGGAUUCACUCCUCACCUGCUUACUUUGGAAGGCCAUUUUUUCCUCCCCUUCUACAGAGAGUUCUUCAUGGCUUCUGGUGCUGUGAGUGCUACUAGAGAGAGCAUGGACUACCUGUUGGGUCAGGAAGGGUCUGGCCGUGCUCUUUGCUUGGUGGUUGGUGGUGCGAAAGAAUCGCUAGAUUGUCACCCAGGGACAGUCGUCUUGCACCUCAACAAGCGCAAAGGUUUUUGCAAGAUGGCUCUCAGACAUGGUGCUUCACUUGUGCCAAUGUUUUCCUUUGGUGAAAAUGAGAUCUAUGACCAGAUAACUAAUCCUGAGGGUUCUCUGUUACGUCGAUUUCAAAAUAGUCUUCAGAAAGUCAUUGGUCUGGCUCCAUGUAUGUUUAUUGGCCGAGGUGUGUUUCAGUAUAGCUUUGGCAUUGUUCCCUUCCGAAAACCUAUCUACACAGUUGUUGGCUCACCCAUUGAUGUCCCUUUGGUGAAGAACCCCACUAAGGAGCAGAUUGUGGGUCUCCACGAGACCUAUGUCAAGGCUGUGGUUGAUUUGUAUAACAAGUACAAAACCAAGUAUUCAGAGUUCCCUGAAUGUGAAAUUAAGAUUGUUUAAAGAUUUUAAAAUUACAUCCCAUUUUUAUAAAGGGUUAUGAAUUCAUUUUAAGCAUAAUAAAAUACCAUGAUUUUAAAUUAUCUUGCAUGUAAGAAAGUUGAGACUGUGGUAUAGACACAUUUUAAGGGUUUGGAGUACACCUAAUUCUAAGAUAUAUUAGCUAAUUGUGAUUAUCGUCUUGGGACCAUGAUUAAACUCAUUUAUAAACUUCAAAAUUAUAAAAAUGUAGUGAAACUUAGAGCCACCUUAUGGUAAAUUUAAAAUGCCUUAAAUUCAAAAUGCCUUAAAAUUACCAAGAUACAAUUAUAGGUUGUGUGAUGCAUUAUUUACUAUUGCUUAUGCUAGCAAAAAGAAUUCUUGUUACAAUGACAAAAUAUCUGUUAUAUUUGGAAAAUUAACAUGUACUUUUAAUUGCUGUAUAAAAACUAAAAAUCUUUUUUGUGGUGGAUUGGUUUCCAGCAGACUUAUUUCAGUUUAAAACUUUGAACUUUAUAUAUUUUGCAUACCUCUUGAUGGUUCUGUGGACCAUUGUCCUCAUGGGCUGGUUGAUAGCUUGAUCAGUUCAGUGUUUUGUUCCCACUCAGUAUGUAGGUGCAUCGAAUUUUUUUAAUAAACUUUAUUCACAAUGCUGUAUAAUUAUUAUGAGAUAUAUAGCUGGUGGGAAAUAUUCCGUAUCGUUAAAGCUUUCUUACUGCAGGAAUUUUCUUUCCAAGGAAAGGUGAUACGUAACUCGUUUUCGGUCAUUUUAAGGCCUUCAAGGGAAACAGGUUCUUGGGGUAACACCUGAGACAGUUGUGAAGUUCCACAGUCUGGUUUGGCUAUUUUUAAAGUGAAGCAGUCACAAAUUGUAAUUAUCAAAAAUACAUGAAAAGACUGCUGACUGCUCUUGAGCAAGUACAUACAUGAGAGUAGAAGAGGAAAAAACAAGAAUGUUGUAAGUGUACAAGGGAAAUAAGAAAUAGAUAAACGUGGUUUUUGAAAGGGGAGCAUAUGGGGUUCUGAAAGCAAUGCAUGCCAAAGCGACACCAGAGUUGUAAAGUAGUCAAAGAUAAGAACUAUCACUGGGGGCAGAGAGGCACAUUUACCAGUUGACCCUACUAGGCCAACUGGUCAACCUGGAAGGUCAUUUACUGUGCAAAAGGACUCUAAAUGGCAUAAGACCAUUAGUUCCAAAUAUAGCAGCAUGUAAAAAACUUAAUAGGUUUUUAACAUGUAUGGCAUUACUCGCACUUCAGGUAGACUACUACAUGUUCCAUGUUCUUCCUUUGGAUAAUGUUAGCUUUUUUAAGAAUUCAGAUUUUCACUUGCAGCAAAUCCUGAAGUUCUUCGUCUUCUUCAAUUAUAUGUUGAGUUCAUGGAUGCUGUAUUUUUUCUUUGAAAGGUACCAUCAACAUAGAAACCAAAUCAACUGAUUAACUGAUCCUUUUUAGCUUCACACAAACCUCAAACUGUUAUUCUGAUGCAGAAAGGAGAACAUUUUCAUUAAGUAACUGUAACAUCAGAUAGCAGUUUUCAGGAACUAAGUUCAUAUGUAACUAAGCAGUUUGACAUUUUAGUGAUGGCAAAAUGCAAUGGAAUAGUUUUUAAAGUGCUGUCAUUGCAUUGUCUGGGUUUUACAGAUGACCAUCAUUCUUUAUUUUCGGUCUAAAAGGCAUUUUUUUUUUUUCUGUGAGAAAUAUUUAAUGUUUGAUGGAGCCAUGAAGUGGCUCCAAUAUGAAGACUAUUCCACUUUGUGCAGCUUGAGGAGAAAGUUCUGCAUAUAUUGUACUUGAAGAAGGAACAUCUGAAAAAUGUAGAAAAUGUGAGUAUGAUGCCAUUUUAUUCUCCAAACAUUGCAGUGCAAAUGUCAAUAUAGUAUAUUAAUGUGGUUACUAUAAGAUGUUGAGUGAAUAAAUAAAUAUGAAUGUAUUGGGGGGAUUAAGACAUACCUAAAGCAGGCUGGGAUAUCGUGUUGGAGUGGUUAGUGUGUUUGUUUAGUAAAUGCAUGGAAGAAGGGAAGGUACCAUAGGAUUAUCAGAGAGUAGGCAUAGUUCCCUUGUAUAUGGAUAAGAGAAAGAGAGAAUGUAAAAAUUGUAGAUUGUUGGAAGGGUUGUUAGAGUUGAUUUGGACAUAGGAGGGAAUAAAAUAGGACAACUAGAAUGGGUAUACAUCUGGGAUGGAGAGAAGGACGGGUAGGAGCCAUUCCAGGAGAGGUUGGAGGAAAGAGGCAAAGAAGGUAUAUGGGAAAAUUGGUUAGCCAGACUUGAUAAAGUUCUGAAAAUGGGAAGUACAGUGCCUGUAUUCUGAGAAGGAUGAGGAUGUUGCAGCUCGGAAAGCCUUGAUUAAUACCUCCCAUUUUCCCAGGUACUGUAUAGCUCCUAUGGGUUUAGUGCUUCCCAUGAACAUCAUAAUAUUUGCAUUAAACACGAAAAAUAAAUUACCAUACUAAAAUAUAGACAGCGAGAAUAUUCACUCCAUAGUACCUUUUUAUAUUUAUUUAUUUUCCCUGGUGACUAUUAGCACUGUAACAGACAUUUUCAUCAUUAUUUAGGGAAUUGGACAGUGUACGUAGUAUGUAUUAGUUGCAUGCCCAAAAUGUACUAGGUUUUUUACCACAAUUUAUUUUGAAGAAUUUAGAAACUCAGUAACUGUUGUUUAACUUAAAAUUAAAUCAAACAUAUUAAAUAAUGCAGUAGCACUGAUACACCUAGGAACUUUUCAGCAAAAUUGGUUAACUUUUUUUAAUUAAUGUAGCUUUUUUAACACCUUAUGAAGAACAUACACAGCAUAACUGAAAUGCAGAAGUAUUGCAGGAAUUGUUACAUAUUUGCACACUAGCCAACCUUGUCUUUACCUAGAAGCUAGAUUUAUUUUUUUGGACAGUUGUACAUGUAUGUACAGUACUGGAUAUUAUGAAAUGCUCUAGUCAGAUCAUCCUAUUUUCAUUCAGAUGUAGAAAGAAAGAUGUCAAACACAUAAUGGGGGAAAAUGGCAUGGUAAAUGCAGGUUAUAAAACUAGCUGUUAGGAAGGCUAAUGUACAGUAUACUAUUAAUGUUGUUUUUUUUUUUUUUUUUUUUUUUUUUUUUCUCUCUCUCCCCGCACUACAAGAGUCCAGCUUGGGCCAGGCUUGUCUGGUGUGCUCCCUCAGUAUCUUUGAGCUUGAUAUUGGCAAAUUUGUCAUUCCACAAUUUAUAGUUCAUGUGCUCUUUCUUAUCCUCAGCCAGGUUCAUGGAUCCGUGAUUCCUAUAUGGUAUGUUAGCUGAAAGCUUGGUUCUUGACUCAGACACACACAGUAUUUAUGAUAUUCAAACCUUAGUUCCUGUAAUAGCAACAUGUAUCUGUUAGUAUUAUCUGAGAGCUUGGUUUUUUUUGUAUGAUAUGCUAGAUUAUUCACUUGUUUUAAACCUGACCCAUAAUGAUGCAGAAAUGUUAGGCUAAUUACUAAUAGGUCCGGAAUACAUUUCUUUUUUUUUUCCCAUUAAAAUGUAUGUUCUGUUUCCCUAGCUCACCAUCCAUGAGCCUUUCACAGAAUGCAUUUCUUUCAGAUACAGAAGAGGCUCAAGAAUGAACAGUAUCUCUUUAGUAUAGGGUAGACUAUGGCUUCCUUUAAUCAGUGUCUUUUUCCCAGUUAUAGAGAACUGUAUCCACCAUCUCAUUUUGUAUGUAACUAAUUACUGUACCUUUACCUAUGCUCAUAUUUGGUGAAUAAUUGGUAAGAAAUAACUUAAGUAUUUCAGAUUUGUUUUCUAACUUAAUUUGCUUAACCUCAGCCAAUUUCCAAAUUUAUUUGAAUUAGUUUUCAUGUUUCUUAUCAGUGUUGUACAAAAGAGAUAUUGUGUGAUGAAAUGCAGUAAACUCAAAUAAAAUAAUUUUAAUUGCAGUUGAAAAGUACCUUUUCUGCAUAGCACUUGAAAAAGCCUUUAUAGUGUGCUUUGUAAGUAUGGAAGCAUCUAUAAGCAAAACCUUAGUAUGCCAUGCCAUGGAUUUUUUUACCUUCUGAUUCAUGUUGGAAGAAUCUACCACCCGUUCAGUUAGAGAUAGUGAGAACAUAAAAGAGCUUGUGCAGUGAGUAAUGCCACUAUAUGAAAAGAAAGUCAGAGGUCAGUAGUGCAGAGUAAAACAAACUAGAGAUAUUACAGAAUUCUACUAACUGAAAAUCUAAUGGUUAUAAUUAUAUCUAUAAUUUUUAAAGGGGUGGACAGGUAAGCCAGCAGAAGGCCUUGGUCAGAUGACCAAAAGCUCCAACUGCAGGUCAUAAUAUGACUAAAAUCCAUGUCAGAAAAUGCUUGUCCUGUUUGCUGAUAAACCUUUUCUAACCUACAUGUAGAAUACUUGUCAACCUCAGUACAAACAUCAGCUAUUGAUGGCUCUGCAUCCACAUCAACACAAGAACCAGAGUCACCUACCUCAAGCCAGUGGGGCAAUAUCAACCCUCUCCACACUUGGCAGUGUAACAGGCAACAACAACUAGAAUGUAAGGCAAGAUAAGCUGUAGUAAUUUGUAUCUAGUAGAAUAUUUAGAAAUGUUAUUUGGCAAAUCUGGAGGUCUUUGUUAUAUAACCUGGUUUUUCCAUGUGUCUUCACUCCAAAUAGAGCUAUUUUCCAUAAGGUGACAAUUUUCAGGAAAGUAUCUGCCACAUUAAGAGAGGGUUAACCCUACUGUAUGUGCAGUACUUCUCAAAAAAGAUGUGAAUAUUUCACUAGUGUAAUAAGUGUUCUUCACAUUAACAAUUAAUUAGUAUAAUAAUGUAGUAUAUUGUUAAUUUAAAGGUGCCAUAUUAAACAUAGGAAAAAAAUAGUGUAUUUAAAUAAUAGUAUAUCACAUAAUAGAUUAUAGAUUAGGUAUCCAUGGAAGGUGGGUACCUUUAAUUGGUUACCUGAAGUUUUUUCUUCCUCCAAGGUUCAUGUUGGUAACUUGAUACCACCUUAUCCAGUCAGCUUCAAAUUGUCAGUGCUGGUGUAUAUUAUAUUAUAUAUCAAAUUGACCUCUGGUCAACUUGAUAUAAGCCAUUCCUAGAUAAGUUUCUGUGCAAUAACCUGAGAAUGUCUCUUCUGAUGGGCUUCAGGCAUUCGUCACUGAUACAUCGUAUCAAGAAGGUUGGGAUUGUUAUUUGAGUGUGUAGAUGCCCAUUCUAUUUUUAAAAUGAUGUGUGGUAGUAUUUUUUUUUCCGUGACAUAGCCUUAGUAUGCUUUUUCUGAAUGGCUUCAGUCUCAAAUGGCUGAUUCAUCUUACGGCCAGGAUAGUACCUAAUAAGUUUAAGCUUGUUUAGAUGCAAAUUUACCAAUUUCUUAACAUAUUCAAUAAACUUGAUAUUGUUGGAUUCUGGGCAGUAACUGGAGAUUACUACUGUUGAUUGACUUAAAACUUUGUGAUAGUGAACUUAGCUCAAAGGAAGGUUCAUGGUGAUUUUUGGCUGUGUGUUUCAAUUUGCCAAUUUUGUUAAACAAAAGGUUUCCAUGUAACAAUCAGAAAAUGCUUCUUCUGGUUUGCCAUUUAUAUUAACAAAAUCACGAAAAGUGUAAUUAUAGUGUUUGUGCAAUAAUUUGUGAAUGCAUAAUGCGAUCACCUUCAAGCCUUCACUAGUGAUCUGUCUUGUUUAGAGGAAGCUUUGGAUUGUUAUGGGAAUGUGUAGGUGCCAAUUUACAAAAUUUGACUUCAGUCUCUCGGCUGUCCUUGUUUGGCCACUCAUAGCAGUUAUGCAAAUUCCAGUUUCUUAAAAGCUAAAAAUAGAAAUUCUUAUAGGAUUGUAGAGAAUUUGAAAUAGAGUAUAACCGAGAAAUAUUGAAAACUUGCAUUUUUAAGUUUCAAGAGUUUAGGGAGUCCAUAAAUAUAUUUUUGUACUGAUUAAUUCCAGCACAUAUGCUCAGGUACAGUGCUCUUUCUUCCUCCAAGAUAUUCAUUUGUAACUCAAAAAUCCUUGUCCAAUUGGCUUAAAUUUUCAAUGCUAGUUACCUAUAAUUAGGGGAAAGGUUUAUGGAACUUUUGGCUUCUGCAGGUGACCUCCCAAGUUUGGUUUCUGUAAAAUAACUUAAGCACAUAAGCAAACAUGCCUGUUCUUAUUUGCUUCAAACUUUUAACACUGGUGUAUCUUGCUUAGAUGAAGGCUGGCACUCUUAAUGGUGUUCAUAAGUGCCAGUGUGCAAUUUUUGUUUUUAUAGUAGUAUGUAUUUUUUUGUAGAAAAGAUGCUGCUUCUGAAUGGCCUCGAUCUUUAUUGGCUUACACAUCUUAGGAAAAGCAUGAUGUCUUUUAGGUUUAGGCUCUGCAGAUGCAAACUGUCCUAAUUUACAAACCUUGCUUAUAAACUUUGAAUUGUAGGAUUCAGCGUAAAAACUGGAGAAUGCAUCUUAUGGUUAGCAUCUUAUUUCUAGUGUUCGUCAUUUUUUUCUUUACUGAGGCUUUUCCUUGAUUUUGGGUAGCAUAGGUUUUAAUUUGCCAAUUUUAUUAAACCAUUUGGUUUUUGUGUAAUGGAGAAUGCCAUCCUCUGAUCAGCUGGUAUACCUUACUGAAAGAAAGGCUUCAAUUGAUUUUGGGUUGUGUGUGCUAAUUUGCUAAUUUUUUCAAAGAAAUCGGGAAAAUUUAAAUACUGGUUUUCUUGCUAUAAUUUACGAAGGCCUCAUCCUAUCAGCUUCAGACCUUCAACACCAAAAGCUUAAGCAUGCAACUUUCGACAAACUUCAAAAUUAUAAGUGCUGAUGUAUUUUGGGACAUUGGUGUGUGUGUGUGUGUGUGUGUGUGUGUGUGCAAUAAAUACAGAAUGCCACUCCUGAUUGGCUCAAAACUUGCAAUGCUGAUGUAUCUUAGUGGAAGGUUCAGAUUGGUUUUGGACUGUGUAGGUGCAAUUACCAUUUUAAUUGGCAGUGAGAUAAGUGCUCAUGACAGUGUAGGAGGGCCCCACUGAUACAGCAGGCUAGAUUCCAGGCUCUUGCAAUAAAGUGAAACACAGCCCUUUUUUCACUUUCAAAUGCAUAUAAAAACCUUAUAACAUGUUUACACUAAGUGGGCAAUAGAGCUAAGCCUAAAAAAAUGCAUAAACAGUACACAUUACUUACCUUUAAAAUAUUUUUAUCCUUAGAUUAUAGCGAGUGGUAAAUAUAUUUAUUGUAAGAAGUCUGAAUAAAUAAUGGUUAUAAUGAAAACUGCUGAUUAGCAAUAUACUUUAAAGCGAAGCACUGUAAAGUGGGGCCCACCUGUAUAAACUGAAUUUCUCUUCUGGUUGACUUCAGAUAUUCAGUGCUGAUAUUUAACUAAAUUAAAAACUAAUGCUGCACUCUGUACAAUUCGUUUUACAUGCUUUAAGGUAAAGGGGGCCGAGUUUAUGAGAUAUGGGAUACCUUUCUCAGAUCGAGCAGUGACUGAAACAUAUUUACUUAGAUUUGAUGCCUUCUUAGGUAUAACACCUUUCAAAUAAAUUAUUGGUGCUGUCCAAAAUUUAAGAAAUUGUUUAAUAUCUAUGAGUUCAAAAUAACGUUAGAAUGCCUGCAUGCAAAGCUUGUCAUCUUUAUAUCAAAUUCCAGACCCAUGCUCGACUCCCUCCUUGCUCUUGUUCUUGCAGGAGUGCAUUACUAACCACAACUUACACUUAAAGCCCUUGGGAAUAUAUUUUUAAGCACAAUUCUCACUCGGACCCAAUUAAGCUUGAUUCCUUCCUCCUGUUACUGUUUUCUCCGACAGAGCUCCUUCUCGUAUCUCCUCGCUUGAUUUCUUUCUUGCUACUGUUCUCUCAGGAGAGUAUUACAGUGCCACAACUUGUGCUGUGUGUCCCAUGAAUACGUCACCCUCAUGCUUUUCUUACACAAAUACACGUUGCCCCAUUUUAAGUCCAACCACAGCUACAUAUUUUUCUGUAGUAAAUACUUUAAACUGUAUACAGCUACAACAAAUAACAGUUCACUUUAGUAGCUAAGUGUUAUACAGAAAUAGAUGGGACUUAGAUGUAUCAAGCAAAAUAUUUUUAAAAAAAAUUUCUUAAAUUGUCGAGUUAGUGUAUGAUAAAUGUGGUUUGCUUGAAUGUUUAUGUAGUAUUUUGUACAUUUUCAUUUAUGUAAAUUUUAAAAUUAUUGCUGUUUAUUAAAUGUUAUAUCUGUUAUAAAGAUGUGUAUGUAUAAAUGUGAGUGAUGGUAUUUGUAUUUAACAUGAAACAUAAAUGCUGUAUAUAUAAAUAGUUUAAAAAUAUAUGUUUACUGUGGACACUACAGUGCCAAUGACAACAAUGUUAGUAAUGUUAUCUUUUAUGUAUGGAUUAUGUGAUAAGUAGGAAUGGAGAAAAAAUAUUUCAAUUUUU